AUGAGCGAGUCCGCGGUUCUUGCGCGCGACGCCCAUCCCUCCCUCACCUGCAUGCCGCGCCUCCCCUGCAUUUCCCCCGCUUCCGCUUCCGCCAAGCAUGCCGCCGCCGCGCCCCUCCUUUCCCCCGAAGGCCGCGGCGGGCAACCCGAAUCGAGCGCGACGGAAGAGGGGAAGAGCGCAGAAGCGCAGCGCGCGUGCCGCGUGAGCGUGGCGGUUCUGGCGGUGAAAGACUUGAAGGAUGGGGCGAUUAAGGACGUCACCGACGCGGCGCGGCAGGCUGCUAAUCUUCUGCAAGUGCCGACUAUGGCGCUGAUUAAAGUGGAAAACUCUCACUUUUGCACCAAGGAGAUCAAGGGGAAGUCGGCGGAGGGUAAGGGGAAGGCGGGGGAGAAGGGGGGAAAAAAGGGCAAGGGGGGGGAUGGAAAAGGGGGAGCGGCGGACGGGGAAGCGCAAGCGGAAGCUCAGACGGUUGAAGCGCAAGCGGAAACGCAGGGGGAAGCGCUUUCGGGGGAAGCGCAAUCCGCGGAAGGGCUGAUAGAAGUCAACCAGGGGCACGCGUUCACCGUGAAAGGCGAAACCACCGCGACCGUGUCCGUCGCGCUCGUACACUGCGCGCUGGGGCGCGGCGCGGUGGCCAUCGGGCUGAAGCAGGUGGUCGGCGCCAUCGAGCCGCUCUCCGUCGCGUCGCUUCUCGAGCUCGAUCCGGAUAAGGCGGUCGAGCCGCAGUGGUACGACCUCCGCGCGCCGACGGGGAAGAAGGGCGCGAUCGUGGGGAGGAUUCUGCUGCAGGCGGUGGCGGCGCGCGCGCCUCCGGAGCAGCACGUGUCGCUUUUCAUUGGCUCCUGGAACGUGGGAAACGCGCCGCCCGCGGCGGAUCUCUCCCCGUGGCUCCCCGUGGGCGGCAGACACGAUCUGAUCGCGAUCGGAUCCCAGGACAGCACAAAAGCUAACGGGAAAAUGCCUCCCCCGAACAGCCCCAGUAAAGAGGAAGAAAAUAACGCGGGAAUGAGCGGGAAAGGAGGGGGGGCCAAGCCGGGCGUGAGUCGCAUGAGUGAGAACACAAGUGGGAGUGACGUGGCACUGGGGCGAGAAGCAGGCGAUGUGAUUGGUGCAAGCUUCCAGGGCUCCCCUGAGGGGGAGCAAGGGGGCGGAAUGGGCGCGGGGACAGGGGCGGGGGGAAAGGGGAUUGAACCGAGGGAGGGCCAGGCUGGGGAGGAGAGGAACGGUGGGUCGGCUCGGCAACCGCUGAGCCCGAUGCUGGGAGGAGGAGGAGAGGGAGGAGAGGGGAUGAGAGAGGAAGGAGGGGCGCGGACACCUGGGGAAGGGGGGGCGACGCCUGGGGAAGGGGGGGAAGGCGGGGGGGAUUCGACCCCGAGAGAGGGGCACAAACGAGUGUUGAGUGCGGGGAGCCUGGCUAUCUUUCGAGGGGGAUCAGGCCAGGAGAAGGGCAGCAAGGCGUUGCCGUCGCUGACAUCAAAGAAAUCCCUGGAGAAACAAGCGCGGGCGGCGGUGCAUGUGAGCACGUUGGAGCAGAUCCGCAACAGGGAGUUUGACGCUCUACUGGAGUAUGACGAGUUGCAGCGGGAGAUUCGGGAGGGCCGUGGUUUUUACAAGUUCCAAGAGGCUCCCAUCACCUUCGCGCCAACCUUCAAGGUGAUUCGAAACGAGGUGGGUAAAUACAACGCCAAGCGGUUACCAGCGUGGUGCGACCGCAUCCUCUGGCGCUCACUGUCUGGCUGCCAGCUGGCUUGCACUCGCUACGACGCCGCUCACGACGUGGGGAGCAGCGACCACAAGCCAGUGCUGGCAGAAUUCGAGCUGACCACGCACGCCCUGCCAGUGGGGUUGGACCCUGCUGAUGCCUCACUGGUGGCGGCAGAGGAGGGGGCCGUGGGUAUGGUGGCGCGCCGGCUGCACCGCAGCGCUUCCUCCCGGCAUGGUGACAUGCGCUGGCACAUUCAGUUCGCAUCUCUCAUGGGCUCUGACCUCCUCUCAGCUGACGCAAAUGGCCUCUCCGACCCCUACGUGCGAUUCACAGGACCCAAUCUGCAGCACAGCUCUCACACCAAGCCGCGCUACAGGACGCUCAACCCUGUGUGGACGCAGGAGGACAUUUCGAGCAUUGUCUUGGAGAACCUUUCCUUACAAUCACAUGAGAAGGACUAUUUGCUGGCAGCAAUUCUCGACCAUGACGUCACCAACCAAGAUGACCCCAUAGGUUUUUGCAGCCAUCCCUUUGACCUCAGGCAUGGAUGCUCUGAUCUGAGAGCCAAUGGCCGACUUCUGAGUCGACUAAAAAUGCCUUUUUCGUCUGCUUCCUUGUCGUGCUCCUCAGGUUUUGCUACCAUCGCAUUGGCCCCAGCCGUGCACGCCGUGAGAGCCAAUGGCCGACUUCUGAGUCAGCUCUAA